CAUGGCUCACCACCGGUCUUUUCUCAUCUCAACUCAGACCUCACCUCACCCGCGAUCCAUCUCCAUAGGGCGUUCAGCGGCGCAACACUUUGCUCUCAAUUGACCACGGGCCGCGGCAUCAAAGAGCCAUCCACGAAGGCCCUCAUGUUGUUCGCCACGCCCAUCAUGACGCCCAGCAGGAGCGAGCCAGCCUCGUCCCCUCAGCCGAGCAGACCAGACGCCCCAGCAGCAGCAGCAUCACCACCAACCUCCUCAACAGCGUCCUAUUCACCCUUGAUGCGACAAGUGCGCGAGUUCGGUCUCUUCUUCGCCGGCGCCUCCUUCCUCGCCGCCUCCAUUGCCGUCUCCAGGCGCUCCGUCCUGCGGCGUCGCUUCGACACACUCCCGCCCUUCCACACAUCCAACCGCCACACGAAGCCCUUCGAUGGUUCGGAUCGCGUGGCCCUCGCCACGCAGGCCCUCGGGCUCGCCACGCUCAACGUCAUGAGCUUCGGCAUUAUGCUGACGGGCGGCAUAUCGUGGGCGUUUGAUCUCUGCUCGGUGGAGGAGCUCAGGGAAAGGACACAGGCUGUGGUCCGGAGGCCCGGCAAGUUUGACCCAGAGGCGGAGAAGGAGAUGGAGGACAUGAUGAAGUCGCUGUUGGACAAGCUGGGCAUGGACUCGACGCUUCCGGAGAAGUCUAAAGCCGAAGACGAGAAGGACGAGCCGCCUACGAAAUCAUGAGCAACGGCCUUGCUAUUCGCUGUGUCAUGCUGCACUGCCUCGCCGGCCGGCACCCAACUCAACCGGCUUGAUAGACAAUUGAGCCACCGCGGUGUGUCUGCUGUAAGCGCUUGUAUGUACGCCAAACAACAUUGCAACCCACCACUACAAGGCCCGCCCGCCGGCUUGUGGACAUGCAAUACUGGCGCGAUACAAAUGGCAACUCCACGCGUAUGCCGACGAGCGAUGCUCGUGUAUGCAUCGGUUGUACAGAUGUAUAUAUUAUAAUACCCCGGAUGUUAAAAUUGAGAAAAUCAUCACCUCCCC